UGAGCUAACAUUGAUUCCUGAAGAUAUUGAUGCAUUUGAAUAUCUGAUAAAUGAUAUUCGAUACUGGCUACCAUCUAUAUAUACUGAUACUCGUGCUGAUAAUUCUUCUAACUCUUUUCAAUCUUCAUCUGAAAUAAUUUUUGAUUUUAGAUCAUCAUCAUCUUUACAAAUUGCUUAUCAGGAUUCUUGA